AUGGCCGCUCUCGCAUCCCCACCACCAAUUCCAGACCCGGGCCCAAGCAGGCCCGGAGGCUUGCCGUUCCACAACGACGUCGGCGCCGAUGAAGCCAUGCCGCGCACCUCGCGCGCGACCGACUCGUCGCCAAUGCACUCGCUCGACCUUCCUUCCCUCAUGCCCCUCUCGCACGCCCACCCUCUCCUGCUACAGCAAGACUUUGAUGUGGACGCCUUUUUGCUCUCGCGUAUCCACAUCCCACUGGAUGAGCUGCGCGCCGAGCUGCGUGCCUACCUCGCCGUGCUUCGCGAGGAGCUGGUGCAGCUCAUCAACGACGACUAUGAGGAGUUUAUUUCUCUCGGCACCGGGUUGAGAGGCGAGAGUGAGCGACUGACGAGGUUGCAGCGCCCCCUUGGGAGCUUGCGAGGCGAGGUCGAGGUUGUGCGAGAUGUCUUGAAAGAGCACCAGAACGCUGUGCAGGCCAAGCUGGACGAACGUGCUGCUCUGCGAGAAGAGAAGGCUCUUUUGGACCUGUUACAGCGCUUGUUUGAGACACUUGCGCGUGCCGAGGCACUCCAAGAUGAAGUGCACGGUGACAAUGACAGCACCGCCAAGGGCAUUGCUCGACUCGCGGGCGAGUACACGCAACUCGUCUACUUGCGCAACAAGGCCCGCGGGGAAGGCUGCAAGAUUGCCGAGACGGUCUCGCCCCGUAUCGACGUCAUCCGCAAUCGUCUGAGCCACGAUCUCAGCGGCAUCCUCGCUGGAGCGCUCGAGGCGCGCGAUGAGACGCAGACCAAGCAGUGUCUCAAGACGUACGACCUCGUCGAGGGCUGGGCAGAGGCCGAGGACGUUGUGCGCUCCAGCGUGCGUUCAUUCUGUGCUGCCACGAUCACGGCCACCGCACUCGUGGUCGAGCAGUCGCCUGCGGUCCCCGAAACGCCGAGUAAAGUGUUUGAGCGCCCAAACAGGCUCAAGGACGACCCGUCGCUCCUUGCUGGCAUCUACAACCGCGUCCUUGCUCAUGUCGAGUCCUACCUCCCGCUUAUCACUAUUUCCCACCACGUAAGCCAAGAGUUUGACUUCUUCUCGCGUGUAUUUUGGCCCGAGGUCUGCAAAGCCAUCACCGACAACCUUGGCAACACCAUCUUCGCCGCCGGUCGCCCUUCAGAGCUGCACAAGCACUACACGACCACGCACAAGUUCCUUGGCUUGUUUGAAAACUAUGCGCCUACCCCAGAAGCUGUGGUCGCUCUCCGCGACUCGAGCGCGUAUGCCACGUUUGAGCGCAGGUGGCAGCUGCCCGUCUACUUCCAGCUGCGGUGGAAGGAGAUUGUGAGCACGUUUGAGAGCGCACUUUCGCAGCCUGCGAGUGUCACGUCCCCAACGACCAAGUCGACUGUGUUCGCCCUCUCACAAUCGGCCGCAACGUGGGACGCGUUCAGCACAUGCUGGUCGACCGACAUUUACCUCCCAGAGCUGGCCCACCGGUUCUGGCGCCUCAGCCUGCAGAUUGUCUCUCGCUACGACUCGUGGCUCACCUCGUCGCUGGCCACGUUCAACGGCGAGGACGACGACGAUGCCGCGCUCAGGUUUGCCGCUGCGGCUGUGGCGGACGUGGACGCAUUCCGCGCCCGUGUUGCCGAGAAUGCCCUUGUGAGCGAGCACGGCGACUUCCCACUCGCGCUCAAGACCGAGGCGUACGCCGACCGCAUUAUUGGUAUCUUGCAAAAGCAGUGCGCCGAGCCGCUCAAGCACGUCCGUGGCGUGACCUCGCAACUGCGUGCGGCGCCGCCCAAAACCACCGCGCCCUCCGUCUUCGUCCCCACGCUCCUCAAGCCGCUCCACGCCUUCUUCGACUCCCGCCCCCACCUGGCCGCAUACAAGAUUUCAUGGUCGAGCGCCGUCUCGCAGCACGUGUUUGGCCAAUACGCGUCCAUUCUCGCGCAGGUCAACAAGACGCAGGACCUGCUCACCAAGUACCGCAAGACGAAGAAGUCUGGGUUCUCCCUCUUUGGCUCGUCGGGAACCGCCUCGACCGAUUCUGCAGACGAGGAUAAACGCUUCACCCGCCAGAUGGUGACGGACAUUGAGGCGCUCGCGGCCGACGCAAAGGGUCUGGGUGUCAACGUCGACGCUAUCCCGUCUUGGGCAGAGCUCAAGGACGUUGCAGAGCGCCCGGCAGAGUGA